AGCCUGGUCUGGGGACCGAGGGCUUCGGGGCUGGCUCUCCGCCCGCGGCCUCUGCGGCGCCAACCUCGCCACCUCCCGUGCCUGUUGCGAUGUCUCCGCCGUCGUCUCUGCCCACCACCCCUUCGCGCCACACUUCGCCUAACGCGGCGGGAGCCUCUCCGCCUCUCUCACGCGGUGUCGGGGCAAGGGCGGGUCUGUCGCUGCGCGGGAACCGCGUCGUCCGCUGGCCGAGGGCGGCGGCUGCGGAGAACGGUGGAACAGGGGCGGCGGGGGGUAUGCCCUCAAUGGGUGGUGGUAUGACAAGCAGUGACAAUACACUUUGUGAUGAGAUUGCCACCCGUGUUGCUGGGACUAUGCGUGAUAUGAUGCGUGAGGGUUUUCAGGAGUUCAUGACUCUUACCCGAGAGCUGGUACAAGCUGAUCCGGAUGUCCAAGGCGCCAAGAGGCGUAAAGAUACGCCGCCAGACGAGAACGGCGGCGGGUCAGCGUGA